AUGCCAUCAGCACCACAAAAUGUUCAUCAUUAUCAAAAGAAAGAAGAAGAAAAACAACAGCAACAAAAGUAUGGUCAUAACCCUUGCAUGUUCGAGGAUACCUGUGAACGAUGUUUAAGUGCUGACAUAUCCUGCGCUUGGUGCACGGAUAAGCUAUUUGAGUUACGUUAUCGCUGCCUUAAUCGCACCCAACUAUUAGAGCAUGGCUGUCGACCUGAUUUUAUUUACGAAAAUGAACCGGAGUUUCACACUCUCAUCGAUGCACCCCUUAAGGAUUAUGAGUUGAGCAAUAAUCGAGCGGUGCAAGUACAGCCGCAACGGGUCUACGUGAAGUUGGUGAAAUCUCACCCGGAACGCAUCAAACUCUCCUAUCGUCCAGCACGCAAUAAUCCCUUAGACUUAUACGUACUUAUGGAUCUCACCUGGACAAUGAAAGAUGAUCGUGAAACACUAGUCAAACUCGGCUACGAGUUAGCAACCACGCUACGGAACCUAACCUCCAACUAUCGUUUGGGUUUUGGCAGCUUUGCCGAUAAACCAGAAAUGCCAAUGAUAAUGCCACAGCUGAAAGAAAACCCCUGUGCCAAAGAGCGUCAAGUAUGUGAACCCACCUAUGGUUACCGGCAUCAUUUAGCCCUAACGGAGGAUGAAAAACGUUUUGUUAGUUCGGUUAAUGCGAGUAAAGUUACGGGAAAUCUGGAUAAUCUUGAGGGUGGUCUAGAUGCCCUUAUGCAAGUUUUGGUGUGCCCAAAGGAAAUCGGUUGGAAGGAAGAGGCCCGUAAAGUGGUUAUUUUGGUUACGGAUGGUUUUAUGCAUUUUGCCGGUGAUGGUCUACUGGCCGGAAUAACCAAGAAGAAUGACAAAAAAUGUCAUUUGAAUAGUGAGGGAGAAUAUUUGGGUUCAUUAGUCUAUGAUUACCCAUCGUUGGAGGAAAUCUAUCGUGAGCUAUUGAAACGGAAGAUAAGUGUCAUCUUUGCGGUGACGGAAGAUGUAGUGCCGACAUAUCGGGAAUUUAGUUCGCUGAUGAAGGAAAUCAGUAAUGUGGAGAUAUUGAGUGCCGAUUCAUCGAAUAUUUUGGAAUUGAUUAAGAAGAGUUAUGAAAGUUUUAUCAAGAGAACCCAGUUUUCGGACAACAGCCCCGAUUUCAUAAAAGUGGAAUAUGAAACAGAUUGUGGUGGCCAAUUCCCAACGCUGGUGAAACGCAAUUACUGCAACGAUGUGGCCCAGGGCACCACUGUCGAUUUUUAUAUCAACUUGACCCUAACAGAUUUUCCCAAAAAUGGGGUCUAUAAUCACAAAAUCCGCAUUGAGGAGUCCGCUUUAAAUGACUUCAUGGAAAUUGAGGUCGAAAUUCAAAAACCCUGCCCCUGUGUCGAGGAAGCUGAUCCCAAUGAUGAAUACUCACGUUUUCAGUGUAAUGAAAAUGGUUAUCUGCAGUGUGGCAUGUGCCAGUGUGAUGCAGCAUGGACCGGAACAUUUUGUACCUGCCCCACGGACGCCACAAAUGCCACCAGCACCGAUGCCAUUGAACGUCUGUGUCGUAAACCCUACGAUACUUUACACCCAGAAGAUCUGGGUCCUGUGUGUUCGAAUCGUGGUGAAUGUGAUUGUGGAACCUGUUAUUGUUUCCCUGGAUAUGAGGGCAAAUUUUGUGAAUGCCCGGAAUGUGAUGUCGAUUGUGAUCUGGAGCGGGCGGAAUGUGUCUGCGGUCAGUGUGUGUGUAAAUAUGGUUGGUCUGGCAAUCGGUGUAAUUGUAAAGAGAGUACAGAUGGAUGUAUUGGACCAAUGGGUGAAAUAUGUUCGGAUCGGGGAUAUUGUGAAUGUGGCAGUUGUGUCUGCGACGAACCAUAUGUGGGCAGAUUUUGUGAAAUCGGUUCGGAGACCGAUAAUAAAUUUUGUACAUUCUUUGAGCCAUGUGUUAGCUGUUUGAUUGAGGAGAAGACGGCAACGGGUAGGUGUGGCAAUGUAACGGAUAUUUGUGGGAAGUUGGAGAAACAUGAAAGGUUUACCACGGUUUAUGUCAAUGAGGAGUUGGAUAUCGAAAAUCGCUGCUUGGCCCGCGUGGAAAAUGAAUUUGGCAUUAAAUGUGAUCAUUAUUUCACUUAUAAAAUAAUGGAUCACUUGGAAAAUUAUCUGCUAAUACAAAUCAAUACUUGUGAACCGCUGAAUUAUAUGGCUGUUAUUGGUUUCGUAUCGGUGGCCACAUUUAUUUUAGGCCUCAUUAUCAUCUGCAUUAUAUGGGGUUGUAUACGGGCCAAAGAUGCCCGAGAAUAUGCCCGUUUCGAGGCAGAUAAGAAAAAUAGUUAUUUGAUGGAAAGUCCCAUCUAUAAGGAUCCAGUUCGAAAGUAUGUUGUACCCAAAGAAAUUAAUCGCAAACAAAGCAAUCCAUUUUUGUAGUU